UUUCGCUUCAAGAUGGCGGCCAAAACAAAGUCUCAAUAAGCUCAAUUCCUAAACAAACCAUGUUUUAAUUUGUUUUAACACAAGUAAUGGCAAGUACAGGAGAUAAAAAUACUUUAUUAUCAACUAAUGAGAACAAUGACCCAGCUUGCUUUCUCCCUGAGGGUAGUGAAUCUUUAUUUCAAUACAUACAAGAGGAUUUAAAAAACGAAGCAAAUUCAGACCCUGAGGAAUUGACUGAAGGCAAUUAUACUGUAAAAGUAUUCCUGAAAGCUGCCGAAAAAGGCAAAAUUGAUUAUGCUUUAAAGAUUUUGGAAAAGGAUGCAAGUUUAAUAAAUUGUAAAGAUUCUGAUGGGUAUUCAGCGCUGCACAGAGCAGCAUAUAAUGGACAUGAUCAUAUGGUUAAAGUUUUGUUAAACCAUGGCGCAGAUAUUUGCAGUUUGACUGAAAAUAAUUGGCAGCCAUUACACUGUGCUUGUCGCUGGGGUAAGUGAACUUAAUAUAAGCACGAGAAAAAAUGACACUGGAAAAGUAUGGUUAUAACUUAUAAGCUUAAGUCUGGUGCCAGGGAAGUACGUCACUUUGGCCAUAGAGCCUCGUUUUCGUGUAUGUGACAUUGCUUAAGAUCCACAACGUCGACGUCAGCUAGGGCAUCAGGGCUUGGUAGACUUUACUAGGACGUGGUCCUAAACAAUUAAUAAACAUCCACUUAAGAUUCACGCCGACAACCUUUAAACUAUAACAUCCUUUUGAAAAUUAAUUUUAAAGAGACAUGUGAAUUCAUUAGCGUUUGUUAUGCUCUUGUAUCCACAAUGGCAAAACUCUUGUUGUGAAGCUGUCAACAUUUGGUGGAUGAUGAGCAAUUGAGAGAGACGUAUAUACGCACUUCAAAAAAUAUUGCCAAUUUACUUCCACUUGCUGUCUUAGAUAUUUGGCAUUGUAGAUCUUAAGCUAUUUAUUUACUUAGGACGAUGUCCUAAUCCCAGUCCUCUGCUCAGCCCUGACGUCCUAGCUGACAUCGACAUUGUAGAUAUUAAGCUAUCAAUUAUUUAAAGCCCAACAUCAGUGAUGAAAGUCUCACAUAAGACAGAUAGAUCCAAACUAUUUCAUAUUGCAGACUAUGACUUGGUAACUGCAAACAAAUGGAAACCAGGCUUAUAUAUACACAAGAUUUCUCAUUUGUGUUUCCCAACACAGAAACAAACUGACAAUAAUUGUACAAUUAUUCAUUUAGAUCAAGCUGAAGUUGCAUCAGUGCUUCUACAAAAUGAUGCAGACAUCAAUGCACAAACAUCAGGGGGUCAAACACCGCUACACCUUGCUGCAACAUACACCAGAGACAACUUGUUAUUAGAAGUCCUGUUAAUGGACAAAAGACUCGAUCCUAACAUAGUUAACUGUCAGAAUCAGACUGCUUUAGAUCUUGCUAAACGGUCUGGGAAGGAAUCUUUGUUUGAACUUAUUGAAGGUAGCGUUAAUGUACAAUGGUGACAUUUCUCAAACUGACUAAUAAUUCAUGAACCAAGCAGAACAAAAAUUAACAACAUAUUGUUAACAAGAUGCAACCAUAAUAAAAACCCAUGUUUGUUCAUUUGAACACACUUUUUAAUCUUUCAAAUAACACUCCAUCUCAUUGCAAAUAUUUUCACUCACUAUAGUAUACUGGUAAUUGUUUGAAUAAGUACAAAAAGAUAACAUACAAUUAAUAAUUACGAAAAGAUAAUAAUUUAUUUACAAUUAAUGGAUGAUUGGUUGCACUGCACAUAAAAAUGUUAAGUGUUUUCACAAAGUUGAUUCACAAAAUAUUCCUGUCUUUUCUGCACAAGAUCGUCCAAAAUUUGUUUCUGUCUGUUUAGCUCUAAUUUAACAACAUUGUCAGGUUGUUUUCCUUCAUUAUUUUCAAAUUCUUCUGAAUAAUCAACCUCGUCUUCCACGCCAAAUUCAUGAAGGGCUUCUACAGUUUCUCUGAGCUUUUUCAAUUUUGCACUUCUGUAUGUCUUGCUGACCUGCUUGAAAACAUACAUGUAUGAUGUUAUUUGUAACAACAUAUCACCAA